CUGUAUUGAGUGUUGGCCAGUGGUCUUUGGUAGCCUGGGCAGCAGCGGGGCAGACAUGGAGCUGCUGGCUGGGACUGGCCUGUGGCCCAUGGCCAUAUUCACAGUCAUCUUCAUAUUACUGGUGGACCUGAUGCACCGGCGCCAGCGCUGGACUUCUCGCUACCCUCCAGGCCCUGUGCCGUGGCCUGUGCUGGGCAACCUGCUGCAGGUGGACCUCUGUAACAUGCCAUACAGCAUGUACAAGCUUCAAAACCGCUAUGGUGACGUGUUCAGCCUACAGAUGGGUUGGAAGCCAGUGGUGGUGAUCAAUGGACUGAAGGCAGUGCAGGAACUGCUGGUGACCUGUGGAGAGGACACUGCUGACCGCCCUGAAAUGCCCAUCUUUCAACAUAUAGGCUAUGGGCACAAAGCUAAAGGUGUGGUGCUUGCACCUUACGGGCCUGAGUGGCGAGAGCAGAGGCGAUUCUCUGUGUCCACCCUGCGCAACUUCGGUGUGGGCAAGAAAUCCCUGGAGCAGUGGGUGACAGACGAGGCCAGCCACCUCUGUGAUGCCCUCACCGCUGAGGCAGGGCGGCCCCUCGAUCCUUACACCCUCCUGAACAAGGCUGUGUGCAAUGUAAUUGCAUCUCUCAUUUAUGCCCGCCGCUUCGACUAUGGAGACCCUGAUUUCAUCAAGGUGCUAAAAAUAUUGAAAGAAAGCAUGGGAGAGCAAACUGGCUUGUUUCCUGAGGUUUUGAACAUGUUCCCAGUUCUCCUGCGCAUCCCAGGGUUAGCUGACAAAGUCUUCCCUGGGCAAAAGACAUUUCUCACCAUGGUGGAUAACCUGGUGACUGAGCACAAGAAGACUUGGGACCCUGACCAGCCACCUCGAGACCUGACUGAUGCCUUUCUGGCUGAGAUAGAGAAGGCCAAGGGGAACCCUGAGAGUAGUUUCAAUGAUGCAAAUCUACGUCUGGUGGUCAAUGACCUGUUUGGUGCUGGGAUGGUGACUACUUCUAUCACUCUAACCUGGGCCCUGCUGCUCAUGAUCCUGCAUCCGGAUGUGCAGUGCCGAGUACAACAGGAAAUCGAUGAGGUCAUAGGGCAGGUGCGGCAUCCAGAGAUGGCAGACCAGGCCCACAUGCCGUUCACCAAUGCUGUCAUCCAUGAGGUGCAGCGCUUUGCAGACAUUGUCCCAAUGAAUUUGCCACACAAGACUUCUCGUGACAUUGAAGUGCAGGGCUUCCUUAUCCCUAAGGGGACAACCCUCAUCCCCAACCUGUCCUCAGUGCUGAAGGAUGAGACUGUCUGGGAGAAGCCCCUCCGAUUCCACCCUGAACACUUCCUGGAUGCCCAGGGCAACUUUGUGAAGCAUGAGGCCUUCAUGCCAUUCUCAGCAGGCCGCAGAGCAUGCCUGGGGGAGCCCCUGGCCCGCAUGGAGCUCUUCCUCUUCUUCACCUGCCUCCUGCAACGCUUCAGCUUCUCCGUGCCCACUGGACAGCCCCGGCCCAGCGACUAUGGUGUCUUUGCCUUUCUCCUUAGCCCUUCCCCCUACCAGCUCUGUGCAUUCAAACGUUAGAAGGAAAGAAAUUCUAGUCCAGCCUCUACCUUAGUGUCAUACACAGAUUAAAACAGUUCUGUGGCUGCCA